CCACCCCAUGCCCUGGACCCUCCGCGGGGCUAUCACCAGAGGCUCUGCAGGUCUUGCAGCCUCCAGACUGUACUAGGAGCGAAAGAGAGACAUGGCGGCGGCUACCAAGCUAGAAAACCUCUCCCUGGUGGUGCAUGGACCCGGGGACCUGCGCCUGGAAAACUACCCUAUCCCUGAACCGGGCCCAAAUGAGGUCCUGCUGAAGAUGCAUUCUGUUGGAAUCUGCGGCUCAGAUGUCCACUACUGGCAGCAUGGUCGAAUUGGGGAUUUUGUUGUGAAAAAGCCCAUGGUGCUGGGGCAUGAAGCUUCAGGAACAGUCGUAAAAGUGGGAUCAUCAGUAAAGCACCUAAAACCAGGUGAUCGUGUGGCCAUUGAGCCUGGGGCUCCCCGGGAAACUGACGAAUUCUGCAAGAGGGGCCGGUACAACCUCUCGCCAUCCAUCUUCUUCUGUGCCACCCCUCCCGAUGACGGAAACCUCUGCCGGUUCUACAAGCACAGCGCAGACUUCUGCUACAAGCUUCCUGAUAAUGUCACCUAUGAGGAAGGGGCCCUGAUUGAGCCACUGUCUGUGGGAAUCCAUGCCUGCAAGCGAGGUGGAGUCACUCUGGGGAACAAGGUCCUUGUGUGUGGAGCUGGGCCAAUAGGGCUGGUCAAUUUGCUUGUGGCCAAAGCAAUGGGAGCAGCUCAAGUAGUGGUGACUGAUCUGUCUGCUUCUCGGUUGUCCAAAGCCAAGGAAGUGGGGGCCGAUUUAGUCCUCCAGGUCUCCAAGGAGAACCCUCAGGACAUCGCCAGCAAAGUGGAAGGUCUGUUGGGGUGCAAGCCGGAAGUCACCAUUGAAUGCACUGGGGCGGAGGCCUCUAUCCAGACGGGCAUCUACGCCACUCGUUCCGGUGGGACCCUGGUGCUUGUGGGGAUGGGCUCUGAGAUGACCACUGUACCCCUUUUGCAUGCAGCCAUCCGGGAGGUGGAUAUCAAGGGCGUGUUUCGAUACUGCAACACGUGGCCAACGGCGAUUUCAAUGCUUGCGUCCAAGGCUGUGAAUGUAAAGCCCUUAGUUACACAUCGGUUUCCUUUGGAGAAAGCUCUGGAAGCUUUUGAAACAUCCAAAAAGGGGUUGGGCCUGAAAGUUAUGCUCAAGUGUGACCCUGAUGACCAAAAUCUCUGAUGUUAAUUGGACUCACCCUCACCCCCCUCUCUGUACCUCCAGCCCUUAUAACUGGAGAAAGGCUCAAAGGCUGGGCCAGGGUAGGUGUGGGUUUUGACGCUGAAGUUUCUUUUGAAUGGUAAGAAUAAUUAAUUCUUUAAAAAUAGAAAGCUUUAGACUGAGCACAGUGGCUCACACCUGUAAUCCUAGCACUCUGGGAGGCCAGGGCAGGUGGAUUGCUUGAGCUCACAAGUUCCAGACCAACCUGAGCAAAAGCAAGACCCGGUCUCUACCAAAAAAUAGAUAAACUGAGGCAAGAGGAUCGCUUUAGCCCAAGAGUUGGAGGUUGUUGUGAGCUAUGAUGUCACGGCACUCUACCCAGGGCAACAGUUUGAGACUAUCUCAAAAAAGAAAUAAAAACAAAAAAAAAAACCAGAAAGCCUUACCCAGAGGAGUUGUUGUUCCUCCAAGACACAAGUAGGGAUCAUUUUGGGGAACUUCUUUUCUGAAUGACCUGUUUAUUCUGAGCAAGUGUCUGGACACUAAAUAAGUGUCUGGCUGGCAGGUGCUAGGAAAUCCCCUUUUUCCUGGUGUGCCUUCCUUGAGUAAGGGAAGAAAUUUGGCUCUUGGGCUCCUGGGUCCGCCUCAGCUAGCCAGGAAGCACAUGGGGGCUGAGUUCUGAAGAGAUAACUUUGUUAAGACUUAUGUGACCCAGAAACUGAUUUUUGUGAAAAUCUGCCAUUCAGGGUCUGGGAUGAGGGAUUGUCAGCAAUUUUAGUUUAGAGUGCAGUGAUUCUAGAGAUAAGUGCUAUUUGGUUUUAUAAUAAAAGGAGGAUAAGAAAAGGAACUAAUUUUCUUGGGUCCAGGAUAAUUUUAAAACCAAUCAAAUGAAUAAAACCAAAAUUUUAUGUGCGAUCAAACCAGUUUGCAUCCCCCAAAUGUGGCAAUCAUGAAGGGACUUAUCAGCACUUCUUACCUCAAGCUGUCACCCUGGGUAGAGUGCUAUGGCAUCAUAGCUCACAGCAAUCUCCAACUCCUGGGCUCAAGCAAUUCUCCUGGCUCCGCCUCCCAAGUAGCUGGGACUACAGGCGCCCACUACAACGCCCAGCUAUUUUUUGGUUGCAGCCGUCAUUGUUGUUUGGCGGGUCUGGGUUGGAUUUGAACCUGCCAGCUCAGAUGUAUGUGGCUAGCGCCUUAGCUCCUUGAGCCAUAGGCACCAAGCCUUAUCAGCACUUCUUAAAGAUUGCUUACUCUUCAAUUGCUGGGAAUUGCUUUAUUUCAUUUGCUGAGUGAAGAGCCACCAUCCCACCCAACACCACCCACACACACCUACCCGUAGGCACCUUCCUUUAUCAUUUGACAACCAGGAAGCUGCUGGCUAAGGACUGUUAGAAGGCCUUACAUAGUGCCUCUGACUAGCCCAGAAGGGUUUGGUGGGCUCAUAAAGCUUCCCCACCCCACAAGAUUAGCAUCCCCUCCUAGGCUUAUUCUCUCUGAUGAUUAUCAGACAGUUCCAUUUAAUUCUAGUUUUUUUCUUUUCUUUCUUUCUUUUUUUGAGACAGUCUCCUCUUGUUGCCCUUGGUAGAGUCCCGUGGUGUCAUAGCUCACAGCAACCUCAAACUCUUGGGCUCAAGCGAUCCUCUUGCCUCAGACUCCCAAGUAGCUGGGACUACAGGUACCUGCCACAAGGCCCAGCUAUUUUUUAGGGAUAGGGGUCUCCUCUUGCUCAGGCUGUCUUGAACUCCUGAGCUCAAGCAAUACACCCACCUUGGCCUCCCAGAGUGCUAGGAUUACAGGUGUGAGCCACUGAGUUCGACCUUAAUUUUAGUUAUUAUAAACAGAAAAUCUUUUCCCUCUUAUACCCAGUUAAGACUCUCAAUUUCUUUCUGUCUCUUGGAAUGAUACAUAUAUCUAUGAACUUGUCUCAUUUUAAUUUUGGGAUUUUUUUCUAUGUAAAAUUUGGAUCGAAAUUAUAUCAUACUUACUGUGACUUUGAGAUUGUUAAUCAAGAACGAGGAUGUAGGCUUGGUGCCUGUAGCUCAAGCGGCUAAGGCGCCAGGCACAUAUACCAGAGCUGGCGGGUUCGAAUCCAGUUCAGGCCUGCCAAACAACAAUGACAGCUACAGGGAGGCUACUGUGGCUCAAUGGGUGGGGCACCGGCCCCUUAUACUGAGAGUGGCAGGUUCGAACCCAGGCCCCUGCCAAACUGCAACAACAACAAAAAAGAAUGAGGAUGUAGUAGCCAUCAUAUAACUUGGGCUGUAACUUGAAUCUCUCAUUUUAGUGGCUGGUGAAGGGUGUGUUUAAAGAGGUUCUGGUUUUCUUGUAACUAUAGAAGGCCCGUGACCUAUGUCUAGACUCUGUCAAACUGCUUUGGGUAAUAAAUUCUGUUGGUGGUGUCUGA